CUUCAAGGGACCUUCGGGGGCUUCUUCCGCACACGUUUGCUCGCAAGGCUGCCUCCAUCUAGAUCCUUUCCCUUCCUUCUUCGCUUCCCCCCCAUUGCCUUCUUGCUUUCCACUUGAGCGUGGUUGAUUUUUUUCCAUUCUUCCCAUCUGACAAUUCAUCUUCCCUCAGGGAAAUGAGGGGGGAACAUAAUCAUCUGUUUUUCAGCCUCGCUUUGCCCCUACCCAUCCUGGGCAAGUAGCUUUUUUCCAAUAAAGGCUUAUUAUUUAUUUAUAUCCAUAUUGCAAUAUUUAAUUAUUCCUCCAUUUUGCGGGAAGCAGGGAGGGGAUGUCCAGAGCCUUCCUCCGUUUUUUCGGCGAGGGUUUUCCCCCACCCACCCACGCAGACCUCUCUCGCCUUGGAUCUGCGCCUUCUGUGAUAUUUUCCUGCUGAUCCAUGCUCAAUUGAAUCGCCACCUGAGGUCUCCCAUCUUCUACCAUUCCCAUUCUUUUCUGGUUUCUUUCCCCCUUCUUCUUUUUCCUUCUUGUAUUGCAUUUCAUUUUACAGCUGACAUUGUUCAGUCUCUUGGCUCCUGGAUUGCCACUUGAUUUUGCAUCCGUCCUCCAUCCCAACACAUAGGCAUCUAGGUUUCAUCCUAUUCCCACCUGAUUUCUGCAUCUGAAAUCUACCUCUGUUCAUUUGCCUUUGGCUAGGCAUCCCUCACUCCACCCCAUCCCUUACGCGGACACAUUUCAGCCUUUCCUCUCCAUCCUCCUGCUCUCAUGUUUUCGGCAGCUAUUUCUUUUUUUCUACAAAAACCCAUCGCCAGCCUCCUGCCCUGGGUUGUGUGUUUCCUUCCCAGCACUACCAGUGGGAUUCCCAGCUGAGAUUUCUCCCUGCCGAUGCGCUCGCUGGAGGCUUGGGUGUGUCUGUUAUCUUACCCUGCUUUUCUAGAAGCGUGUGCCUCGUCUUAUUUUUCCUCUGCUGGCUCAAGAACAGAACACAUGGUUGUCUCCUUCUCCUUUGUACCAUGAGGUCUUCUUCAGCAGCCCUGUUGCCUCUCCUCCAUCCUUUGAAAGAGCUGCCCAGUUUUUGUGAAAACCUGGCUAUCCUCUGAGCUGUCCUUGCUCCUGUUGAGCCCAUGUGGGCAUCAACAGGGGGAAGACCAGAGGCCAGAAGGUCGACUGUUAUUAUUGAUGCCUGAAGCCAGACCAAUUCAGACCCUCCAUUCACUUGUGGCCUGACCCCACCAAGUCCAACUGGAAAAGCCAAGCGGAGGACCCUUUGGACGGCAACCAAACGACGACAACAUCACUGCCCCUUCCUGAAUUGCUGCAACACCGCUGCCUAUGACUGCCCAGGCUGAUUUGUGUACAUAAAAUGCCAAGGAGUUGCCCUCGGACCAGUCUGCAAUUCAAGACCACCAUAUGCCUGUAAACCGAAGGCUGCUGGGCCUUCCUGUGCCCAUAACCACGAGGAGUCCUUUACGGCCCUCCUUCUUCUAACCAGCGACAUCAGCUGAGGAACGCUGUCUGGGACUCCAAAAGCAGCCGACCGAAUGCUUACCUCUAGGAACGCUAUACUCUGAUCACAAGGGACCUCUAGGAACGCUAGAAUGCUUGGUGCUGGCUGGAGAAAUCCAAGCUUUCAUCUUAGUUUGGAGCCCUCCAAAGACUGCUGCCAAAGAACAACCUGAAAUGCCGUUAGCUUCAUCACACACCUGUACAGUCAAAGGAAGUUCAGGCCCUUCUGGAUAACCUAGAGCCAGCUAGCUCCCAGGGGACUGCAGGUUACUAGAUAGAGCUCAGCUGGCCCUAACAGACGUGCAAUUUCUGGGCAUACCUAAGACUGGAGAUCUAUUGAAGAGCCAGUAUUAUGCAGAUAGCCAGAAAACACCAACAAUUAUAUUCUGAAUUGUUCUUGUGGGCAGACACCUCAAAGCCGGUGCUUUCCUGCAAUUAUCCCUGACACCAGCAACUGGUCACAUAUAGUCAGAGGUUUCCAUUGACUUUCAAAAUCUGUAGUGAGCAAUGUAAAUGUUGGUACAGCUCUAUUGCAUAUCCAUAGACACCAGGUGUCAGCCCUGCCCGGUGUCUUUAAGUUUCUUUCAGUUUUGGCAAGUCUAGACGCUUGGUGUAGCUGGACUGUUUGUUUGCAAGUCCUUGCAUGCAGUAACCAAAAAAAUCCCAGUCUUGGUCAAGCUGUAGCUAUAGUCUUAGAACUUUGGGUGGAGACCUCAAGCUCAAGUUGCCAGAUGUCUGACUCUGAGGAAGGGGGCUGAAAUUUGUCAAUUUGGGGGGCAGCGCCAUGUAGAGGCGCCCCGCAUAGGGGGAACGGAGAUGCAUGCCGGGACUCGUGGGUAACUGUCACCCGACUGGCUGGGGAGCAAACGUUUCAUGAAUGUCCAACGGAGGCAGGUUCGAGUUUGACGAUGGUGGCUGCUAUGUGGGUGACUGGGAAGAGGGCCGGGCACACGGCUACGGCGUCUGCACCGGCCCCGGAGCCCAGGGGGAGUACAGCGGGCGCUGGAGUCGGGGCUUUGAGUCCCUGGGCGUCUACACCUGGCCCAGCGGGAACACCUACCAAGGCCACUGGAGUCAAGGCAAGCGCAGCGGACUGGGCGUGGAGCGCAAGAGCAAGUGGAGCUACAAGGGGGAGUGGAGCCAUGGGCUGAAGGGGCGCUCAGGGGUCUGGGAGAGCCAUUCCGGAGUCAUCUAUGAAGGCAUGUGGCGCGAAGGACUGCAGGAUGGAUACGGCAUGGAGACUUAUGCAGAUGGAGGUACCUACCAGGGCCAGUGGCAGUCCGGUAAGCGGCACGGGUAUGGAGUCCGCCAAAGCGUCCCUUACCGGCAAGCUGCCCUGGUCCGCUCCCCACGCCGGACCUCUCUGGAAUCGCUGCCCAGUGAGAUUGACCCCAAUGCUCCUUCUCUGCCCCUUCCUCCUCCCCCAAUGGCCCCUCCGCCACUCCCUGGGGACAGCCCGGCUUCUGGAUCCAGGGGCGGCUUUGUCUUGGCCUUCCCGGGCGACCCAGACUUCCCCAAGGGCGCCAAGAAGAAAGCGGGGGGCUUCUUCCGCCGAUCCUUGCUCCUGAGUGGGCUACGGGUGCGCAGGGCUGAAUCUAAGGCCUCCCUGGGCAGCAAGCGGGGGUCCCUCAAGAGCGAGGCCGGGGUCAGCUCGGCCGGGAGCGAAGCCACCACGCUCAGCUACGCCGAGACAGAGCCCCCUGAGUUGCCUUCAACGCUGACCAUCGAAGGGUCGUCCACCGAGGUCUACGCCGGAGAGUGGAGAGCUGACCGCCGCAGUGGCUAUGGGGUGAGCCGCCGUUCCAACGGCCUGAGGUACGAGGGCGAGUGGCUAGGCAAUCGGCGGCACGGCUAUGGACGGACCACCUACCCUGACGGCACCAAGGAAGAGGGCAAGUACAAGCUCAACCGGUUGGUGAGCGGGAAGGUGAAGAACUUGAUCCCCCUUCGCCGGAGUAAGGUCAAGGAGAAAGUGGACCGGGCUGUGGAAGUGGCCAGGAGAGCGGUCAGCAUGGCGCGGCAGAAGCAGGAGCUGGCCAUUACCAGGGCUGCAGAUGCUCGUCUGAAAGCUGCCGCUGCACUCGCUGCAGCCGAGAAAGCCCUGGAAGCUGGCCGCCUAGCCAAAAUUUUGGCCCAAGAACUGCAACCCAUCCUAACUGAACCUGAGCCGCGUGGCCAGUUGGAUUCUGAAGGCACCGACACCGACUACCAGGAGUAUGACAGCCCCCGGGUCUAUGAGAAUGGCAUCACCCCGUCGGACGUUACCCCAGACCCGAGCCUCCCUCCCAGUUACCCUCCUACGCCGCUGCAGCCCUGGCGAGGAGACCCUCGGCGGACUUGGCCCCCCUUGGAGAACGGGGGUCCCCGCCAGUUCUUGCCCGAGGUCUCCGACCCCGAGGACGAAUGGGGCUGCCGGGGUAGUUUCCCCUCUCGGACACCAGGAUUUGCCCCCGAGGGGCUGUGGGAGGGGGAGGAGGAGCAGGAGCAGCUGAGCAGCUAUGAAGCAGAAGAGGAAGACUACGGGAGGGUCCCCCGGCACCCCCAGAUGCUGGGCAGCCCUGCCAGUGGCAGCUCCGGCAGCCUCCGAGAGGAGGAGGAAGAGGAAGAGGAAGAAGAAGGGGCAGCUUCCAGGCCUUAUGCUGGGGAGCCCCAGGUAGAUCCAGUGCCCGCCGGAGUCCUUGGGGCCCCUGAACUACAGGCGGAGGAAGUGCUUGGGAAUGCAAGGCCCCCAGUAGCAGAAAAAGAGGAGGUCCUUGGAGAUGUGCGAAGAAGGAAGAGACAGGGAGCCCACCCUCUGGUCAUUGCUGCCGUCCUCCUGGUUGACGUGAGCCUGGCCUACCUGUUCUCGCUUCUCCUCACCUGAGAUGGGUGGAAACUGAGGGGGCACUUUGGACCCCGUUUCCUCGACGGUUUGGGAACAGACUCUUUUCCAUCCUCUGCCUUUCUACCUUGCCCCCCUUUUUCUCUUUUUCACAUAUCUUUUACCCCACCCACCUCCCUUCCUGCCUCCUAACCCCCUUUGACCCUUUCUAGAUUGUUUACAUACGAAGGGCUCUCUUUCUACUGGAGAUUUCUCUGUUUUUUCUUGCUGUCUCUCCAAAACUACGACCACACCUCCCAUCUUCCACCUCUUUCUCACCUUUCCCCCCAGUCUUUCCAUCCAUCCAGCCCCAUCCAUCUUUCUGGACCACAUUUUGCAAGUGGGGCAUUUUUUAAAAAACCUGUCUUCGUCUAUGUUUUGGGGAGAGAACCAUUCUACAGUUUAGAUUCAGAGAUGGGAGGGAUGUGUUUGCGCCUCAAGAGGCAUUAAAGAGUUGACUCGAUCUGUCUGAAUUUCCAUACUCUUGCCCCUUUCCUCCUCUUCCUGUCUCUCCCUUCAACCUUAGGAGAUUUAUUAGUCUCACAAGAAAGGAAAACUAAGCUCUCCUCCAUUCCUAUACACAUAAACAUAGUCUUUUUCUAUCAGUCUCCUUCCAAGAUGCUCCCUUGAAAUUCUGGAUUUUGGAGAAGGGGCCAAUUACUUUGUAAUAUGGGGUUCAAUCCCCCCUGCAACCCUUCCCUUUUCCACCACUAGAUGGUGCUGUGGGGUAGAAGGAGCAAAAAAGCAGAGCAAAUUUUCAAAAUUUGGGGAGCAUUCAAGAGGACAGUUUUUGUCUUUCUCAGUUUUUUCUUUUCCAUAUUCAUGUUUCUCUCUCUCUUACCUUCUCUCUCUCUCCGCCACCUCCUUUUCCCAAGGGAACCGGAACCUUCUUUUCAAACAAACAAACAAAAAGAAGAAAGGGGGGGAAAAGUUAAAAACUUUUUAUUUACGCUUUUAUAAACAUUUUUCUCGCAGCGUUUGAAUAAUAAAAUUAAACACUAUAAAUUAACGAGAGGGUGAAAGGGAGAUUCCUUUUGCUUAGGAGAAGAGGGAUUUUUCACAAAGAGGACUGUGGAAUUCCCAUAAAUAGCUAGUCUAGAUGGGGGGGAAAGUGGGUAUUUGCUGCAGGACCAAAUUGGGAAAAUGCCUCUUUAAGGCAGCAGAAGUGUGUCUGGGCCAAAGGCAUGAAGUUCUGAAAAAUAUAGUUACAUACACACACGCACACACAUAUCCCAAGUGAUAUAUUAUAUAUAUAUAAGUCAAAGUAUGUAUGUUUGUCUGUAUGGAUGUGUACCACAAAGUUAAGUGAGGUGGCCCUCUCAUGUCACUGGACUGGCUGUUUCUAUGUGAAGUUGUCAUGAAUACUUUUUGAACAAAGGUUCUUUUAUUGCAAUUUUAAGCGUGAGGGUAUAUCAGAUUUUUUUUUACAGAAUUUAGACAUACAGACAUACAGAUUCUAUGUAAUUACAAAGGAUUCACAAACCUACAGUUACAUUGGCUACAUUGGUUACAUUUUUACUCAGCAUUUAUAUACAUGUACAUGCAUUCAUCAUCAUUUCUCCAUUCUUCUUCCAUGAAGAACAUCUCUUAGGCCAGACUGCUUCCUUACAAAUCUGCCAACGCACAGUUCCAAAACUCCUAAAUGCCAAAACUCCAAAAUCCCUAACAAGCGACUCCAAGACGCACCGUUUUAUCUUCUCUUCAGAAAAAGAGGCAAGUGAUCAGACUGCGUUCCACUGCAGAUCUGCCACUCCAUACACCAUCUCCAUAGAGCAUGGCAGGUGAACUGCUGUCUGUCACACUUUUUGGAUUGUCAUAAGAUCUGUCAUAUAGCAAUAUUUUGCUGAUGUUGUCCCAAAGUUGUAAAUUGCUGACAGACAUUUUCCAUCCUGAAACAUUUUAAUUCCAUUUCAGUUUCCAGGCAGAUGUUGACUCUUCUUGAUUGGUGUUAGCAACGCAAGCAUUCCUUCUUAACAUAAAGAACUUUGCAAACAUUUCCUUAACUUGAAAGAGCCAUUGUCUCUGUUUAACGUAAACAGGUUUCCCCUCCCAAAAAAAAGUUCAACAGUUAAUCAUUGUCACAGUUCUUAUCACAGUUUACUAAAGCAGGUCAACCAUUUUGGUUUUCAUUAGCAACUUUUAAUUACAGUAGUUUUUUUCCAUGCUUCAUCCUUUUUAGAGUGGUGUCUUCAAAUUAUUAGGUCUCAUUCAUUCAUCUUUCAUUCAGUUCAUACAAACCAUAUAUCACAAUAAUGUGACAAAGUGGCCCGCUGCGAUGUCAUUGGUGGGGGGAAAGUAACAUGUAUGAGGGGAAAGGAGAAAGAAAAGAAAGAAAAAGUAAAAGGAAGGAAAGAAAGGAAAGUAAAAGGAAGGGAAGGAGGAAGAGGGAAAGGAGGAAUGGUCUUUGUGGUACAAACACACAUACAUAUUUUGACUUUUAUAUAUAUUUAGAAAGAAGAUAUAUAUGUAUAUAUAUAUAUAGGGCAAGGGAGAGCACCUUCUUGGAUGCCCACCAAAACCGACAAGUUCAGAAAGGAUCCCAAAAUAUUGGAUAAAGCGCCUUAAUGGGGGAAACUGCAUUAGGAGGGGGAAAAGGACAGAGGAAAUUCCGCCUCCAGGAAGGUUUGGAAAAGGAUAUACCUGCAAGUGGGGGGAAAAAGGAAAUAAGUUGCCUUCUAGAGGGUAAAAGAGUUGACCCCUAUGGGGGAAAUAAAAUAAAACUGAGAAGUUGUGCCUUUGGGAAAGGAAAAGUGCAAUAGGAGAGGCCCCGAAAUAGGGAAUUCUGCCCUUUUCCUCGGGGCCUCAAGAGUGCAAUACAGGAAGUCCUGCCUUCCAGAUGGCAAGGAGAGGCAUUUUAAGGGCAAAAAGAAGUUUAAAAAAAUAAAUAGAGGGCUUUAAAAAAGGAACAGGGCUUUGCAGUUUGUUUUUGUGGGUGAGAAUGGUCCAAAGAGAGAGGAUGAGGAUGAUGAUGAUGAUAAUGAUGAUGAUGAUAAUAAUGAUGGGGGUCCUCUGAUAUACUCUUCUGGGGUGUCCUCCACAAGGAAUCUCCCGCUCAGCCCCUCCCUGGAUCCUGCAUGAGGAAGCGACUGAUCCUUUGCUGUGUGCUGUGUAUACUGAGAAUGUCUGUAUAGCUGAACAAAAAAACAGGAAAAAAAUAACGUACCCUUCCCUCUGGUUUUAUACCGCCUGCCCCCCAACUCCUCCCUUUCCAGUGCUUUGCUCCGGCCUUGAUCCGAAGAAUACCCCCCUCCCUCCCCCCCCCCCUUUUGUCCCCUUCUUCCUGGUUUGCCUUUUUGACUGGAUAUUUCUUAUUUCGUGUCUUUGGGAUUGAAAAAAAAUACAUUAAAUAAGUCUUGCAGGAAAAAAAUAAUUUAAUAAAAAUAUAUUAAUACAA